AUGUAUUUUUGCAUGAUAUGUGUUUACAUAUAUAUCUUUUUUUUAGUUUUUCUAAAAAUAAAAUGUGACAAGAUAAAAAAUUUUAGGAGUGCAAAACAGCUCUCCUAUUAUUAUAUCCAAAAUGGAAAUGAAAAAAAAACAUAUAUAAAGGACUUUUUAAAGAAAGAAAAUAAAUUCAAUUAUAAAAAUAGUGUAAAUUAUAUGAAAUGUUAUGUAUAUAAUGUAAAAAGUAUACAUAACGAAUGUAUAAAUGAGCAUAUGGACAAUACCAAAAGUAAUAAGAGCUGUUCAGAAUAUACAACAUUAGAUGGCACUAAAAAUGAAAAAAAAAAUUACACAUAUAAUAAAAAUGCGGUUAGUAAUGAUAAAUUAUUAAUACCAAAAGUGGGAAAUAAAAUGCCUGAGAAAAAACCUGAUUGGUUUCAUGUCCCUGCUCCAGCAGGUGCGAAAUAUAGUAAGUUAAAAAAAGAUUUAAAAAAAUUAAAACUUCAUACUGUUUGUGAAGAAGCACAGUGCCCUAAUAUUGGAGAAUGUUGGAAUAUUGGUACUGCAACAAUAAUGUUGUUAGGUGAUACAUGUACAAGAGGAUGUAAAUUUUGCUCAAUAAAAACAUCACCAAAACCAUUACCACCGGAUAUCAAUGAACCAUUUAAUACAGCUAAAGCUAUAUGUGAAUGGGAUAUAAAUUAUGUUGUUUUAACAUCAGUUGAUAGAGAUGAUUUACCUGAUGGUGGAGCUGAUCAUUUUGCUAAAACUGUUGAAUUAAUUAAGUUUUCAAGAUCAGAUAUCUUAAUUGAAUGCCUAGUUUCUGAUUUUCAAGGCAAUGUAGAUUCUAUUAAAAGAUUAUCGUUAAGUGGAUUGGAUGUGUAUGCACACAAUAUUGAGACAGUUAAAAGACUACAAAAAUAUGUAAGAGAUAAAAGAGCGAAUUACGAACAAUCUUUAUUUGUUUUAAAAAAAGCUAAAGAAAUUAAUCCAAAAUUGUAUACAAAAACUAGUGUUAUGUUAGGUUUAGGAGAAACAAAAGAAGAAGUUUUAGAAGCUAUGAAACAUGCAAGAGAAAACGAUAUUGAUGUUAUAACAUUUGGUCAAUAUUUAAGACCAACUAAAAAUCAUUUGAAUGUUGUUGAAUACAUAUCUCCGCAAUUAUUUGAUUAUUAUAAGGAAGAAGGAUUAAAAAUGGGUUUCAAAUAUAUAGCUAGUGGUCCAUUAGUUAGAUCAUCAUAUAAGGCAGGAGAGUAUUUUAUGAAAAAUCUUAUUGAAAAAAGAAAAAAUGAUCUUCAAGGAAAUAAUUUAAAACUACAAAAAACAAAUUAA